AGCACAGUAGCCUAUAAAAAGACAUCAUGGUCCUCAGUUCACAGACGCGACAUUCACACGAAGACGCAAACAGGGCUGUGUGAUAUCAAGACAACUAUUUUGUGGAGGUUAGGUACCGGAACACCUGAAGCUGCACAACUUCUCAAGUCUUUAAUUCGCUGAGUCUGUAAACUGGACACCGUGGACAGUCUCCCUGAAGCUCAGGCAUCCUUCUGCCAACUGAUACGACACCAAGAUAAAGUCAUGGACAUUGAGUCUCUCCAGAAGAGUGGCCGCCGCCGUGGAAGCUGCCUGGACGUUUUUCUCGUCAUGUCAAUCAUUUUUCUGUUCGUGGCUGUGACAGCUGUGGCUGCCGGCGGAGUGAUGGUUGUGAUGGAGCUGCGGUCCAAACUGGACUCCACGCAUCCUUCUCCUGAGUUUCAGACAGCAAAGCUGACAGGAGACACGCCCGACCCAGCAUACAAGAUGGAGAACUUUGCCUAUCUGGAAGCCUUCUCAAGCGAUUUGAAAACCUCCACCAUGCACUGGGCCUCAGUUCCCUAUGGUGAUGGGACAUCUGUGGGAAGCAACUACUUGUUUGAUGAAAACCAGCAUUCGCUGACACCCAAACGAAAGGGGACCUACUUUAUGUACAUUGAGCUCAGCCUCACCUGCACCUUCGACUGCACCGGGGGCCUCCUCAACGUGCGUGUGGCCAAUGAUCAAGGCGAUAAGCUCACCUGCGAGGUGGAGCUCCCGGCUCAUUCAAGACAUGUGAGCAGGAAGUGCUGGACAGUGAGCCAGCUGGAUGGUGAUCAGAAACUGGUCACUCAGAUGACUGUACCAAAGGAGGGACUGCAGAACUGGAAACUGGAUCUGCAUGCCUCAGGAUUUGGGAUGUUCCAUGUCGCCUAAUGUGGACACUGCAGUGCCACUGCUGUCAUCAAGAUGCAGAUCUGCCUGUGACCUUGGGUCCUAACUAGAGAACAACGCCAGUUUGUGUUUUCUUAAAGUCCAAGUAGGUGAAAAUGGGCAGGUGCCGGUGCCAUUUUCAAAGCUAUGACCAGAUUUCUUGCAAACUAAAGGUGCAAGAUGAUAAAGCUUAGCAGGGCUGUGAGGUGGAAUCUGAAGAAAAGUUGCAUUUAGGAUGAUGCAAACAUCGUAUGGACAAGACUGUACAUUCACCUCAUUCUGUAUAGAUAUGUAUUAUGUUACUCUGUGUAUGAUAUAUUUAUUUGAUGAUAUGGAAUUAUUUAUGUACCUAUAUUUAUACUUUUUUUAAAGACAUUUAUUUUGAUGUAGAUAUCACUACAUUAGUGUUGAUGUGCAAUAGCUGCAAGUCCAAUCAGCCUGCCUUGGGUUCAUGGUGACCUCAUAGCUCUGUUUUCAUUUUAUAAAUGGCUUGGGGCAUAAAGUUGAGGCUUACAAAAAUGUGUAUGAUUAUAAUUCUGCUCCAAAAGCCAAUAAGCUCCUCAGAGACCUCAUUUAGAUCUAGUGUAAAAAAGUGGAGUAAUAUGUUCUGGCAAAUGAUGAGUAACAGUUACAUCCUAUAAUAAUGAUCCUUCUGUAAUCAAAACAUGACCAGAAUGGCUAACAUGUCUGUAAUAUGUGUACUCAUGGACUGAGGAAAUGUUUUUUUUUAAAGAUAUGUAAGUCCUGUGGACAAACUACACUGUUGAAUGUAUUUUAUUGGAGUCCAUAUUAAACAUGGAUAUGUU